AUGCCCUCAACCCCCGCUCACGAGGGGGCCUCCUGUCCUGCCUGCAAGGGGUCCCUGGAGCAUUCAGUGACCGCCACCUGUGGACACACCUUCUGCUGGCGGUGCCUCGCCCUGCACUCCCAGAUGGGGGCCCAGCCCUCCAGCAGGGUCCUGCUCUGUCCCCUCUGCAAGGAGAAGGAGCAGACAGAGACUCUCAUGGCCCCGGUGCCCCUGGGCCCUCUGGGGGAAACUUACUGCGAGGAGCACGGUGAGAAGAUUUACUUCUUCUGUGAGAAUGAUGCUGAGUUACUCUGUGUGUUCUGCCGUGAGGGUCCCUCCCACCAGUCCCACAGCGUGGGCUUCCUCGACGAGGCCAUUCAGCCCUACCGGGAUCGUCUCAGGAGCCGGCUGGAAGCUCUGAGCAUGGAGAGAGAUGAGAUUGAGGAGAUAAAGAGUCGGGAAGACCAGAAGCUCCACGUGCUUCUGACUCAGAUUGAAAGCAAGAAGCAGCAGGUGGAAGCGGCCUUUGAGAGAUUGCAGAAGGAGCUGGGGGAACAACAACGUCUCCUCCUGGCCAGGCUGAGGGGGCUGGAACAGCAGAUCCGGAAGGAGAGGGAUGAGUACGUCUCGAGGGUCUCUGAGGAGGUCGCCCGGCUUGGAGCCCAGGUCAAGGAGCUGGAGGAGAAGUGUCAGCAGCCAGCAAGUGAGCUUCUACAAGAUGUCAGAGUCAACCAGAGCAGGGGUGAGAUGAAGACUUUUGUGAGUCCAGAGGCCAUUUCCCCAGAACUUAUCAAGAAGAUCCGCGAUCUCCACAGGAAAAUACUCACCCUCCCAGACAUGAUGAGGGCCUUCUCAGAAAACUUGGUGCAGCAUCUGGAAACAGAUUCAGGGGUCGUUACUCUGGACCCUCAGACCGCCAGCCGGAGCCUGGUCCUCUCCGAGGACAGGAAGUCAGCGAGGUACACCCGGCAGAAGCAGAAGCUGCCCGACAGCCCUCUGCCCUUCGAGGGCCUCCCAGUGGUGCUGGGCUCGCGGGGCUUCUCCUUCGGGCGCCACAGCUGGCAGGUGGAGGUGCAGCUGGGAGACGGCGGCGGCUGCAUGGUGGGGGUGGCCGGGGAGGAGGUGAGGAGGAAGGGUCUGAAAGCUGAGGAGGGCGUCUGGGCCGUGAUCAUCUCGCAGCAGCGGUGCUGGGCCAGCACCUCCCCGGGCACAGAUCUGCAGCUGAGCGAGAUCCCGCGCAGCGUGGGCGUCACCCUAGACUACGAGGCGGGGCGGGUGACCCUGCUGAACGCCGAGACCCAGGCGCCCAUCUUCACCUUCACCGCCUCUUUCUCCGGCAAAGUCUUCCCUUUCUUCGCCGUCUGGAAAAAAGGUUCCUGCCUGACUUUGAAAGGCUGAGGUGGAGCGUCCGAAAGGCGGUGUAGCGGGGAAAGCAGCGCGCUGGGAUCCAGCCCUGCCACUGGCCAGCCCCGUGACCCCGGGGGAUUUCUUGUGCGCUAGCGAAGUGGGAGGACGCCGGAUGUCAGAGUAUCCGUUCAGCUUUGUAAUUGUUUUUACUUUAUUUAUCUUAUGUCCUUCACUCCCCGACGCUCUGAUCCUCCCCGUGACGCUUCGUCUUCUCUGU